AUGGUUUUAGGUAUACGUGCAGAACUUGAUUCUGAAACAUGCAAUGAGGUCUGGAAUAUCAUGAGUCGGGAAGACGGAUUCGUAUUCAUAGCCGGAAGCGCAGGAGAUAUGCCCAAGGAUGUCGGAACUGCGCUUGAAACAAUCGCAUCACGUCAUGGAUGGGCAGAAGGCACAUUUUUGAAGAAGCUGGAGAGCUUAGGGCGGAUCCAAUAUGAGACAUGGUCGUAG